AUAGCACAUUCCUGAGUAGUCCUCAGCUGCCAGCAUCUGAUUAGAACCAUAUCUCUCGCUGUGAGUGGCUAACUAAUCUGAAGGCGAGGGUACAACUGAAUAUUUAACCGGGGCCCCUAGCUUAGCCAGGCUGCUGGCUGCAGUCGUCGGAUCAUGCACGGAGAGGCACAGAUCUAGCUUCAAGAAUACCUGACCACCCUCUCAUCAUGUCUACUGAAGCUGAAACUACAACUACCAAUAACCAGCCUGAGCAGCAGACUCCAUCAAAAGCACAACCCUCAAAGAAGGAAAAAAAGAAAGGGUCAGAAAAGACAGAUGAAUCUCUCUUGACUAGAUUCAAAGGUGAUGGUGUAAGAUACAAAGCUAAACUGAUUGGCGUUGAUGAUGUUCCAGAGGCAAGAGGAGACAAAAUGAGUCAGGAUUCAAUGAUGAAGCUGAAGGGAAUGGCAGCAGCAGCCCGUUCCCAGGGUCAACACAAACAGAAGAUCUGGGUGAACAUCUCCCUCUCUGGUAUCAAAAUAAUAGAUGAGAAAACUGGGGUCAUAGAGCAUGAACAUCCAGUAAACAAAAUCUCCUUUAUUGCUCGGGAUGUGACAGACAAUCGUGCCUUUGGCUAUAUAUGUGGAGGAGAAGGCCAACACCAGUUUUUUGCUAUAAAAACAGCUCAACAGGCUGAGCCUCUAGUUGUUGAUCUUAAGGACCUUUUCCAACUAAUAUAUAAUAUGAAGAAGAAACAAGAGGAAAACAAGAAAAAGAGUGAGGAAGCAGAUAAGACUGAGAGUGGUGGCGAAGCACCACCUGCUGAUCAAGCUGACAAAAUGAAACUGGGAGUUGACCAGAUGGACUUAUUUGGGGAUAUGUCAACACCUCCUGAUAUGAGCAGUCCCACAGAAGCUAAAGAGAUUCUUUUAGUGGAUCUAAAUUCUGAAAUUGAACCCAAACAGACUUUUACAAAAGAGGAUCUCUUCUUGAAUGGCAGCACAACCUCUCUUCCACCACCAAAGCCACAGCCACGCUUCUUGCCUGAGAAUUCUUUCUCUACCAAUCUCAGUUUUUUUCCUACACCUAAUCCAGACCCUUUCAGUGAUGAUCCUUUUGCACAGCCAGACCAAUCUGCACCACCUUCAUUUGAUUCUCUAAAAUCUGAUCAGAAGAAGGAAAGUCUGAAUACCUUGACACCGGUGUGUAAUGAUCCUUCAGGUGGUGAUAUUGACUCCUUUGGUAAAGAGUUUGACCAGAUCUCUAAUAGAACUAGCAAACAAGAAGCCCUAACAUACCAGUGGCCACUUGAGAGUAAGUCACCUGCAGCAAAAACUCCAGAUGGGGUACCAGAGAGUGAACAGAAUGGUGCUCUUAAAACCCUGUCAAACCUGUUUGUGGAAGGCCCUUCCAAAGGAGUAUCUCUGCAGAAUGGAGUAAAGAUGGAUUCUGAAAGCAAUAUUCAAUUUAUGUCACAUGAGCCCAUAACAAUUAGCCCACCACCACAAAGCACCAAGCCAGGAAGAGGAAGGAGGUCUGUCAAGAAUGAAUCAGAUUACUUAUUUAGUUCGAACUUGUUUGUGCCAGCUAAAGAGAGCCUUAGCUUGACCUCCGUGGCACAAACAGGACCUGUGCCACUGGACCUCUUCAAAUCAAGUCAGACCACAGCACCUCCACUGGCUGGUCGAGGUGGCAUGGCAAUAACUUCACUAUGGAAUGCACAGACAACUGCUUUCACCCAGGCUGCCCCAGUCUUUACUGGGUCUGUGAUGCCUGCUCAGUCUACAGGAUUUACUAAGCCAUUUACCUUUGCUAAUCAAACAGUGCCAAGCUGGAGUCAGCCUGCACCUUUUGCUCCAGCAGCAUCUCAGCCCUCUGGUCUCUGGGCACAGCCAGCACAAAUACCAUCCAAUCCAUGGGUGAAGCAAUCUAGUCCUGUAAAUCCCUUCCAGAGUAGUGUGUUCCCAUCUUCAACACUACCUGCUCAGAUCCAGUCUGUACUGCCCUCCAUGCCAACAACAACCACCAGCCCACCUCAGCCACCACCUAGAACUGCGCCUCAGAAGGAGCUUUCCAAGAAAGAAAGUGAUGCUUUUAUUGCUCUGGACCCUCUUGGUGAUAAAGAGAUGAAGGACAUCAAGGAAAUGUUCAAAGACUUCCAGCUGACAAAGCCACCUGCAGUACCAGCGAGAAGAGGAGAACAGCAAAACCUUCCAGAACCACCAAAGCCUGUUCCCCAACAAAGUGUGCUGCCUACUGAUGUCCUAUUUGAAAGUCAAGCUAAAACGGACCUUUUCAGUACCUCAUCUAGAGAAUCUCAGAAACCACCUUCUGAUUCUUUUGGUGAUUCUUUUGGCAACCCAUUUGUAUAGAUCAGGUAUAACCGGAAAAGGACAAAUGGAGUAACUGGAUCUUUUCUCAACAUGAUUUUUCUACGUUUCACUUUGCUGUCUGCCACUCUUGCUGCUGUUCCAUAAUGUCUGUAAUCUAAAUGCUUCCAGGUGGAUUGAAACACAAACUCUCAACAUGCUGUGAAGAUGAUAAUUCAGGGGAAAGCAAAUGGAGAGUUGGACUUGAGUUUGACUUGGAGACCCAAAUUCAAAUUGGCGGAUGUUAAUUUCACUUUAGUUCUUUGCAGUUUUCCACAGAAAAGCUUAGAAACAUCAGGUCUUGUGAACAAGGUCACUGAAAUUCUUCUUUCUAUAGCACUUACUGUCCUAAAAUACAGGAACUGAAUGUACCUGAGGAAGAAGUGAAGAAGGGAAUUGAAUUAGUAGCUGAAGUUCCACAACUAAAUCUAGGUCAUUUGCCUGUUAACACAGCAGCACCCAGUUAAGUGGAUACUACUGAGCUCUAAUUGGUGACUGGUCAUAUGACUUGGUCUCUGAGCCAAAGAUGUAAACUGUAUGGAAAGGAAAAGUAAUAAAUCUAGUAUUUGUCUAUUUAACGGUAAAAUUAUCAUUCUACCAUGAAUGUUUAAUAAAGGGACUAACUAUAGGGUCUGUAACAGAACUGUGGAAGUCCUGAGUAUUAGAGGUCUACACUGUAGGGUCAGAUAAGCUGAAACAAUUCUUGCAGAACAUUGAAGUAGUCACAGACGCAAACUGUUCUCUUGGUGCUAAUAUGGGGAUCUUUUUUUCAGAGAGGGAAAUCCACUAGGAUUACUUUUCUAUGAAUGUGGCUUGGCAGACAAAUGGAACAAGCAGUUGGCUUCUUGCGUAUAUCUCACUGAACGUUCCUGAAGUUGCUCAGUUUCAGUUGUCACAUGGUGCAGUGUCACAUGUUUCCAGUGUGUUAGAAAGCAAAAGACAAUCAUGGCUUCAUUACAGGCCUAGAUUCCUUGUAAACAGGUCUACCACCUCUGUGCCAUUAAUGUGUGGUAGUCUUCCAUUUCUUGAAAACUGCCUUUUCUAAGGAAUCUCUUUACUAACAGAUCUCUAGAUCAGUUGACUAUAACUGACCAUAAAAGCUGCAUUCUUGGCCAGUGGGGAUUGCUGGUGUGUCGGAGGUUUUUCUGAUAAUACCAAGUAUAAACUUGAAACAGUAUUGUUAAAUCAAAUGCCUAAUCAGCUGCUGAAGAGCUAAGGAAGUCAACUUGAACACAGCUUUAGUACUUAAUUCAGUCAGUCAUGUAAUAGUCUUGUAUAUAAACCUCUUGCACUUUCUGUAAUGCAAAAAAGCUAUGAAUUUAAAGUAUUUGUCUCAAACUGGAAAUGCAGAAACUUAAGAUGUUACACUGUUAUAUAAACUGUAGUAUCUCAAGUGAUGUUACCUAAUGACAUUAAACAGAAGCAACUCUGCA